AUGUACGGAUCGCAUUCUUACUCACAUUCCACCGGUCCACCGCAUUCAAGUCCUUCUCAACCAGAAUGGCGUUUACCUCCGACAACUCAACACCAGCAAUCCUCAUGGCCAGCGGGUUCUGUGGCACCUCCCCCUCCCCCUCCCCCUCCUCCUGCGCCAAUUGCAGCUCCUUCGUAUCAUCCUAAUACGUACGGAUCUAUUUCCAAUAUAUCACCUGGCGCAGGCGGAUCGCCGGUGCUUGGUGCUCCCGGCGGCCUGAAUACAACAUCAUGGGGAAUGAGAUAUAAGCAUCACAUUCUGGCGCCUCCGCCGCUGCCUCCUCGACCUCCAAGUGUGGCGGAGCACCAGCAUCAUAGCCCUGCGCAAGUUCAGUCGCCGACAGUGGGCUCCCCUGACAAUCACAAGCCUCUGCCAGCUACUCCUGGGUAUGGCUUACAGUCUUCCUCCUUUGAGAAUCAUCAGCAGUGGACUACAGGCGCCUCUCACACGUCCCAGCAAGCUCUUGCGCCUCUACUGCCUCCCCCUCCACCUGCGCCAAUCCCUCCCAGUUACCAGACUCAACCCGCACCGUUAGACAACCAGACAUGGCAACAGCCGAACCCCCCUGCUUAUGCAGGAUUCCCUUCCAGUCAACAUUUUGAGGUGCCAUCCUACUCGGUUUCAGCACAUGCGACUGAAGCCAGCAUAGGCCUGCCCCAAAGCAUGAGUCCUCCUCCACCUCCGGCCCAGCAGCUUCCGCCUGCGGAGCAACCAUGGCCCCAGACCUUGCCAAGCGAGCAGUUUCCAGCUUCAACUGCGAACACAUCCUUACCGAACCUUCCUUCAGAAACUGCUCCGCCAGUACCACCCAAGACCGGUCCUAACCUGUUUCCGGCCAACGCUUGGGGCCUGGGGCCUGGAACCCCAUCAGAUUGGGAGCACCUGGCACCUACACCCGGGACAGUUGUCGACGUGGAGAUAUUUGAACCCAAGCAGAGCCAGCCAUCUAACUCCUCGACUGUAGCCAAUUCACUCCCAAGUCAGCCGGCUUCUUUCACUCCUGAAUCGAGUAACCGGCCCACUGUAUCUACUCCGCCAAUGACGAUUUCACCCACGGCGCAACCUGCAUACCCUCAGCAACAUAUACCUCAGCAGCAUCAUGACAAUGGGUCACCAGUUAGUCCGAGCACUACGCCGGAGAUGCGUGAUCCGCCCCGUCCUGUCAGGGUUGAUAGUAGCGGUACCGAAUACAGUAUCAUCUCCGCCACUGAGACAUCUGAAAGUAUUGAUGGUGUUAUCGAAGCUUGGAACCAACCUAUCACCCCACAGACCAAGCCCGCUGUCGAGCAAUCUCGGGAGAGUCUGGCCUCAGGGCCCGAAACCAGGCCCUCAAUGCACGAGUCGAGCCCUGUCGAGAUGCCACAACGAAAGCAGGAAUUCAAGGUUCCUCGGAAGGAGGUUCCGUCGCGCACGGCUACGCCUGCGUCGAGCAGUGCCAUUGGUGAAACUAGUAGCGGGAGACCCAACACAGCGAGCCCGCAGCCCAAACCACAAGAGCCCUAUGAAGACCUAGACUCUUGGUCCAAGUCGUCGUUGGCACGCUAUGUAGCGAUGCUGCGAAAAGAGGAGGUCGCCGAUUCUGACGAGGAGCGCUUCAAGAUAUUCACGGCGUUCAUGGCCAAGGAAACAAAACUGCGUGAGAUCUUGUACAACAUCGAACCUGAACAGAAGAAGGAUCAAGAGGCACCACAAUCGUUGCCAAUCCCGCAGAAUUCAACAUCUCCUCCCGUCGAGUCGGGCUUGAUUCCGGUCCAAUCGGAAGAGGAAUAUGAUGCGGAGUGUUCUUCUUCCAAUGAUGCCCUGAGGGAAUCGGAAGAAGGCCGGUAUAGUCCAGGAGGGCGUCCAAUUCUUCCCCGACUCCAUACACCCCAACCAUCGGGGUUGCAAAGAUCAGCCUCGCAGCCUAAUGCCUUCAAGGCAAAGGUAAGCAGAGACUCCUCGUCUAACGCUCAAAAUCCAAUCUCGCGGGCUACAUCCGUCCCGCCCUCCAUGAAUGAGAAGACAUUCUCCCCGUUAGCAACAAACCCUCCGCAGCCCAUUUAUACUCCCUUUCGAUACACUGAAGGUCCUCAACGUGGCUCUGACGACCUCACCUUUGACCGCCCUGCGUACCAGGCAUACUCUGCCCUGCGUCAAGCGUCUGCGGAAAGUGGGCGUGUAAUGUCGAACGCGCCCAAAGCACCGACUCGAAACAGGUCAAGUACUGUGACGUCUUCAGUAGCUCAAAAAGACUAUAAUGAAACUUUCAUCGGGCUUAUCCGAGAGAAAAGCGUCGCUUAUAGGAAUAAAACUUCUCGAAGGACAUCUUCGCCGCCUCCACUGCCGGCGGCUCUUAAGCAAGGAAAGACCGGUAGUCCAAUUGAUGACCUGCGUUCUAUGGUCUCAUCCCCAUUAGCCAAGCAGUCCGAAAGCUCAUGGCACGUUACGACCAGAAGGGAUUUGGAGAAAUACUCGGAUAACUUCAGCUAUAUCCGCGAGGCCAUCAAUACUUGGGAGGCUGCAGCCAAGAUCCGACGUGAGAACACUGACAGGGAGCGUAUGCGACGGCAGGAGGAGUCCGAAAAACAUAUUGAUGACUUGUUCAACGAGAAGGAAAUUGGCUAUGCCGAUAUCAACGUUCUGGAAGAAGAGUUUCGCCAGAAAGAAGCUCGUGUACAGCUGGACGAGGAGAGACAGGAGCUGGACGAUUUCGUCGCGAAGGUUUACAAUCCGCUGGAUGAGCGUCUGAAGGGGGAGGUUUCCGCGCUUCAGGAUCAUUAUGAAUCUGCCCUGGCGCAACUCGACCAUGAAAACAGCAAGAUCAAGGAUUCUGUCACCGACAAGUACAACCUGUCUCACACGAUGAAGAUCGUGAACGAUAUCUAUCAGAAGCUCGAAAUACGCUAUUACAAGCGUCUUGAGAUCGCCCUGGACCGUGAGCGCCGACGCAAGAAGGCGGAAAGACGCCCGCUUGUGUUCAUGGGAGAUUCUGCUGCUCUGAAAAAGUUGGACGGGGAGUUUGAUCAGAUGGAGAAGCGAAAUAUACUCGAAGCAGCCAAGGCGCGUGACGAUCGGGCUAAUAGGCUGAUGGAUACCUUUGACAAUGCAAUCAUACUCGGACUAGGCGAGAACCAGAGUCUCUUGGAUGAGGUCACUGCCAAAGUGACACGGAUUGAUUCUGAGGCGAUUCAGUCAUCUGGUCUAGCAGUUACUGAGGUCGAGCAGUUGUUGAAGUCCGUGUUUACUCUGGUCGAAUCCUUGCGGCAGGAUUCCGAAUCAAUCCUGCACAGCUUUGGUGUCGCUGACACGGCCCUCAACAACGCGGAUUAUAGUGUUUCUGUCGCUGAAGCUCGCUACUCCAACGCUGAUCCUGAGAUCUUCCGCCGACUGGAUGACGAGAAGAAGAACGAAGAUGCGAAGAUCCAAAAAGAUCUCCAUUCAAAAAUGGAGAGCGUGCGCGUUGGUCCCUCCAAGAUCAUUGCUAAGAUCAAUGAUCUUCUUGAAUCCUUGGGCAAAACGCCAGUGGUAGAGCAACCUAUGUCUUCUGAGACCAUUCCUGCUGUGCACCCCAUGGACGUCCUGCUGCCAGGUCCUCGUCCGCCUACGGUGACCCCUGGCCCCAGGAAGCCGGACGGAGAUCCUGAGCACCAGGAGCGGCUCCGGAAAGCUCUGGAAGAUGCGAAGAGGAGGAAUGCUGCGAGGAGCAGUUCAUAA